ACACUCACCCGGCUGAGCCACCCAGGUGCAUCUCCUCACUGCUUCGUCUUGAAGACAGAACGAUGCCAAAGAAAGCAAAGCCCACGGAGAAUGGGAAGGAAGAGGGGUCAGUUCCCUGUAAACAGGUGAAGAUAGAGGCAGCUGGUAAACCCUCCUCCACUUUAAAUUUUGAAAGCCCCAGUGAUCUCUUUGGAAGUUUAAUCUCACCUAUCAAGACAGAGACUUUUUUCAGGGAAUUCUGGGAGAAGAAACCCCUUCUCAUUCAGAGAGAUGACCCUGCAGUGGCCACAUAUUACCGGUCCCUGUUCAGGCUUUCAGAUCUGAAGAGUCUAUGCAGCCGGGGUAUGUACUAUGGAAGAGACAUAAAUGUCUGCCGGUGUGUCAAUGGGAAGAAGAAAGUUUUAAAUAAAGAUGGCAAAGUGCACUUUCUUCAGCUGAGAAAAGAUUUUGAUCAGAAAAGGGCGACAAUUCAGUUUCAUCAGCCUCAGAGAUUUAAGGAUGAGCUGUGGAGGAUCCAGGAGAAGCUAGAAUGCUACUUUGGCUCCUUGGUUGGCUCGAAUGUAUACAUCACCCCUGCAGGAUCCCAGGGCCUUCCCCCGCAUUAUGAUGAUGUCGAGGUCUUCAUCCUGCAGCUGGAGGGGGAGAAACACUGGCGCCUCUACCGCCCGACGGUGCCCCUGGCCCGAGAGUACAGCGCGGAGGCCGAGGACAGGAUCGGGAGGCCGGCCCACGAGUUCACGCUGAAGCCGGGUGAUUUGCUGUACUUCCCCAGAGGGACCAUUCACCAAGCGGACACUCCUCCGGGGCUGGCCCACUCUACUCAUGUGACCAUCAGCACCUACCAGAACAAUUCCUGGGGAGAUUUCCUUCUGGACACUGUGUCAGGGCUCGUGUUUGACACCGCAAAGGAAGAUGUGGCGUUCCGGGCCGGCAUACCCCGGCAGCUGCUCCUGCAGGUGGAAGCCACGGCUGUUGCAGCACGAAGAUUAAGUGGCUUUCUGAGGACCCUUGCAGACCGGCUGGAGGGCACCAGGGAGCUGCUUUCGGCAGACAUGAAGAAGGAUUUUGUUACGAACAGACUGCCCCCUUACCAUAUGGGAGACGGAUCAGAGCUUUCGACGCCAGGUGGACAGUUACCGAGGUUGGACAGCACAGUGAGACUGCAGUUUAAAGACCACAUGGUCCUCACAGUAGGGCUGGAUCAGGAGCGGUCUGAUGAAACUCAGGAAAAGAUGAUUUACAUCUAUCAUUCCUUAAAGAACAGGAGAGAGACACACAUGAUGGGAAACGAGGACACAGAGUCUCAUGGACUUCGUUUUCCUUUGUCAUAUAUGGAUGCACUGAAGCAAAUUUGGGGCCAUCUACCUAUUUCUGUCAAGGACCUGAACCUUCCUACAGACGAGGAAAAAGAAAACCUGGUGUUAUCCCUCUGGACAGAGUGCUUAAUCCAGGUAGUCUAGUGCCUUUCCAGAACUGAGGGUGUCCCAUCUCACACACACAUGAAAAACAAACAUUUAUAUGCUAGGGAGCUCCUGUUUCUUUGGGCCUAGAGCCCGGGAAUGGUUCUCCAACAACUUUCCUUCCCAACAUGAGACCUACCUGUUUUGGGAAGCUGGUUGGCCAUGUGUAUUACAGAGGCACUUGGAGGAAAGAAUGGCAGAUGCAGUGUCUCAGAAAGUAACAAAACUACUCUGGACAGAUUUAUUUAAUUCAGUGUGGUAGAAAAGGCACAACUCCAAUAAACGUAUCACUGAAAUUUGUCAUUGACCUGGUUUUGUCUUUGAAAGAAACAACUUCUUUAAAGAGCCUCACUAGCUCUAUAAAAAUAUUUUCAACAAUUAACACAAAGAAAAACAUUUUUAAUUUUUUUUACAAUGAAAAUAUACAUACGUGUAUGUAUACACAACCCCCCCAUUAAAAUAAAGUUACCCCAUAAGUUUCAUUAAAUACUGCCAAACUAAGGAGAGGCACUCACAUCUGUGGGCUUCAGGGAGUCUGACAGACGCUGCCUUGGAGAUGAGAAAGCCUGAGAGUGAAGGAAAGAAACGCAGCAUUUCCACGGCAAGACCAAGUCUCUAUAAAAAAUGCUCAAAACAGUGGGUCUUUGUGUUUAAACAAUUCACUGUUACUUUACAUUCUAAAGUGCUUAAGGCUGGUAUUUAAAAAUAUCACUGGUGGAUUGAAUCUAUAUAAAAACAGAGCAGAUGGUUUUUUGCUUUCUGGCAAAAGUUGGGGAUGAGAGGAACAGCCGUCUCACUUUACGUUUAAAACCAACUCAGGAGGAAAAAAUAGUAAGAAAGGUGGUAACGAUUACUUGAUCUCUUGCCUGAUUUUGCUUAUAAGUGGAAAUAAAAAGCAGAGUUUUCAUUAAAUAAAAUGGUAGUCAAAGCUCAAA